AUGAGUUCCUACCAGCAGAAGCAGCCCUUUGUCCCACCCCCUCAACUGCAGGAGCAGCAAGUGAAGCAGCCCUGCCAGCCUCCCCCCCAAGGACCGCUGGUUCCCACAAUCCCAGAGCCGUGCCACCCAAAUGUCCCUCAGCCUGGGAACACCAAGACUCCAGAGCCAGGCUGCACCGACACGUAUUCUUCCACACGUUGUCACCGAGGCACCCUCAGUGUGCCUUUCUACACUUACAUAACCGCCUACACAAAUUCCACACUCAUUGCUCAGCCAGUGCUGCCUUUGCUGGGCCCCGGCCCUGGGCACAAAGUCCUCAUGAGUUCCCAGCAGCAGAAGCAGCCCUGCGCCCCACCCCCUCAGCUGCAGCAGCACCAGGUGAAGCAGCCUUGCCAGCCUCCACCCCAGGAACCAUGUGUCCCCCAAACCAAGGAGCCCUGCCACCCCAAGGCGCCUGAGCCCUGCCACCCCAAGGCGCCUGAGCCCUGCCACCCCAAGGCGCCUGAGCCCUGCCACCCCAAGGCGCCUGAGCCAUGUCACCCCAAGGUGCCAGAGCCCUGCCCCUCAACGGUCACUCCAGUGCCAGCUCAACUGAAGACAAAGCAGAAGUAA